AUGGUUCUUACGCUCAAGCUUGAGGGAAAUGAUGGACAAUUAUUUGGAGAUGCUCAUCUCUAUCAUAACAUUGCGGGAGGCUUGCAAUAUGCGUGUUUAACAAGACCUGACAUAGCCUAUGCAGUUAACAAGGUUAGUCAGUACAUGAAUAGCCCAUGUGAUACACAUUGGAGAGCAGUAAAGCGCAUAUUGAGGUAUCUCAGUGGCACACUUGAGCAUGGUCUGUUUUUCACUCAAGCUGGAAAUUUUAGUCUAGUCUGUUACAUUGAUACAGACUGGGCAACCUCGGAGGAAGAUAGACGAUCCACAACAGGUUACUGUGUAUAUCUUGGGGGAAAUCCAAUUGCAUGGUGCUCUAAGAAGCAAAGUGUUGUGUCUAGGUCUACAUCAGAAGCGGAAUAUAGAAGCCUUGCUAAUUCUGUCUCUGAAUUGAUUUGGAUUGAACAUCUACUUGAUGAAAUUGGGGUUAGAGUAGCUGGAAAGCCAGUUGUGUGGGAGAAAGUUCUGGCUGAUCAAUUGAGUGUCAAUUUUGUGCCUUUUGCAGAGCAGGUGGCUGAUAUACUCACCAAGCCAUUGCCACCUGCAAUAUUCAGUGACAUGCGCUCUCGCCUUGGUGUGAAGUCAUGA